UUUGAAGUUUUAAAUGUCAUACUGAUAUUUUAAUAACUUUUUCUUCCUGAAUUCUUUAAAUUUAUUUUUUGUGGUUGUUUAAGAACAAUCAUUUGACUUCCAACUUUAAAUUUGAGGAAUAAAAAUGAGGAUUCAAUUUACAUAGUGUAAAUAACGAAAAUAAAUGGAUAAUUUUAACAAUUUUCUAAUGAAAUGAUAAACAUUCUUAAUAGCAGUAAUACGCAGACCAAUUUAAUAUAUUUACGAUCAGCGUAUUCAACUUUCGUGUCAAAUUCAAUCGACACCCUGGAGCAUAUAUUUUAUUUUCUAUUGGUAUACUUAAUAGUAUGCCUUACUUUAUACAAAAUAUUAUUUACAACCCGUCCAUACCAUUUAAUAUUGAAGAAAUUAGUAAAACAUGUAAAAUUUCCAAAACACAAUAGAAUAUUACUUGUUAUAUCGCAUCCUGAUGAUGAAUGUAUGUUUUUUGGACCAACGAUAUUAACUCUUACAAGUAGAGAAAAUUGCGAAUUUUAUAUAUUGUGCUUAUCAAAUGGUAAUUUUGAAAAACAAGGUAAAAAGAGGCGGAACGAACUAUGGGAAUCAUGUACAGCACUUGGUAUAUCGGAAUCAAACAUAAUUUUAAUUAACGCAACUUUGUUGCCAGACGAUCCAAAUAUUGAAUGGAAAGUUGAAGCUGUAGCCAAAUUAAUUUUAAAUACUGUUGAAAGUUUGGACAUUGAUGGUAUAAUUACAUUUGAUCGCGAUGGAAUUAGUCAACAUCCGAAUCAUUGUGCUAUAUACUAUGCUACUGCAUCUUUGUGCUUAGCAAAUCUGUUACCAAAAGAUUGUAAAAUAUAUACACUGGACUCAAUUAAUGUUAUAAGAAAAUACAUUUCAGUCUUUGAUUUGUUAUGUACCUUUUUAUUGUCGACCAACUGGUUUAUUUUAAGUUGGCAAAGUGGGUCAAUCGUCAGAAGUGCCAUGAAAAAACAUAAAUCUCAAAUGAAAUGGUUUAGGUGGCUUUAUAUUUAUUUUUCCCGCUAUAUGUACAUAAAUUCUUUACGUGAGAUUAAUUUAUCAGAUGUUGAACUUGAAAUGCAACUUCAAGAUUCUCUUUUAAUUAAUUCUUUUAAAUUAUAGUUAAAUAUUUAUUUUGUUUAAAUAUAAAAAUAUUUGUACUAAAAUAAUUAUUUUAUAAAUUUAUUAUUAAUAAUUUCCUGUGUAUAUUAUGUAAAUUAUAAAAAAAAAUGUUUUCCAAAAUGUUUUUUACCUAUUUUGUUUAAACUUGAUACAUAAUGAA